AUGUAUGCAUUGUCUACUAGUGCCGAGGGAGCCUGUCACCUGUGUGGGCCGCCUGACCCCGGUAUCCAGUCUGCUGCUCCAGAUGCUGGUGAGGCUGCUGCUCUAGGCGCUCGUGAGUCUGCUGCUUCAGGUGCUUGUGACUCUGCGCUUUCAGGUUCUCCAUCUACUACGGCACUGCACACCUUCACACUGGACUCAGGUGCUUCCCGCUGUUUCUUUCGCGACCGCACUGCCCUCGAGCAGCUUCCUAGACCGGUUGCUGUCUCCCUGGCUGACCCCUCAGGGGGUCCGGUCCUUGCGACCUCCACCACUGCCCUCCCUUGUCCUGCUGUCCCGUCUGGCACACUGUCGGGCCUCUACCUCCCCUCGUUCUCUACGAACUUGGUGGCGGGCUCCGCGCUCCAGGACGGGGGUGUUCACCAGUUCACCCCUGCCUACGAGCGUGUGACGCACUGCACGUGUGCCCAGACGGGUCGUCACCUGGCUACCUUCACUCGGCAGCCGGGGUCGGACUUGUACACACUGACCACUGAGUCCCCUCAGGUAGCUGCGUCUGCGUCUGCGUCCGGUCAGCUGUCGGCCCCCUGCUCGUGUCGCUCCCUGUCGCACAGGACUGUCCUCUGGCACCACCGCCUUGGUCACCCGUCAGUGCAGCGCCUUCGCGGCAUGCACUCCAGGUACCUUGUCUCUGGUCUUCCCAGGGUUCUCCCUCCCCUACCACCUUCACCUGCUCCUCCCUGUAUUCCCUGUGUCGAGGGGCGGCAGCGCGCUGCUCCUCACUCUUCCUCGUUCCCUCCCACAGAGGCUCCCCUGCAGACUCUCCACCUGGACGUGUGGGGCCCCGCCCGCGUCCGGGGACAGGGCCACGAGCGGUACUUUCUGCUGGUCGUCGACGACUACACGCGCUACACCACGGUCUUCCCCUUGCGUACCAAGGGUGAGGUCCCUGAUGUCUUGAUCCCCUGGAUCCGCGCUGCUCGUCUCCAGCUCCGCGACCGGUUCCAGUCGGACCUUCCUGUCCUACGUCUGCACUCUGACAGAGGUGGCAAGUUUUCUGCUGACCUCUUGGCAGCCUACUGUGCGGAGCACGGCAUCCGCCAGACGUUCACUCUCCCGGCCUCUCCGCAGCAGAAUGGGGUUGCUGAGCGCCGCAUUGGUCUCGUCAUGGAGGUCGCUCGUACCUCCAUGAUCCAUGCGGCUGCUCCCCAUUUCCUGUGGUUGUUUGCAGUGCAGUACGCCGCGCAUCAGCUCAACCUUUGGCCCCGUGUCUCUGUUCCGGAGACCUCGCCUACCCUGCGGUGGACGGGGGAGGUUGGCGAUGCGUCGGUGUUCCGAGUCUGGGGAUGUCGAGCCUUUGUCCGCGAUACGUCCGCGGACAAGCUCUCCUCCCGUGCCGUUCCACGUGUCUUCCUUGGCUUUGUUCCUGACGCGCCUGGCUGGCAGUUUUACCACCCCACCUUGCGCCGUGUCUUUGCCUCUCAGGACGUCACCUUUGACGAGUCGGUACCCUUUUACCGUCUCUUCCCCUACCGCACUGCCCCGCUUCCCCCCCCGCCGCUCUUCCUCACCCCAGGUGUCCCGUCGGUAGACCCCCUCCCUCCCCAGGGUGCUGAACCCUCAGGUGUUUCCCAGGUAGACCCGGUCGAGCCUGUCGAGGUAGCUGUUGACUCUGGUCCUGCGCGAGGUGCUGAGCGUGCUGAGCCUGGGGGUGCGGAGUCUGGGGGUACUGAGCCUGGGGGUGCUGAGCCUGGGGGUGCUGAGACUGGGGGUGCUGAGUCUGGGGGUGCGGAGACUGCGGGUGCUGAGCCUGGGGGUGCUGCGACUGGGGGUGCUGAGCCUCGAGGAGCUGAGGAUGGGGGUUCUGAGACUGGCCGUACUGCGCCUGUUGGCGCUCCCUCUUCACAACAGCUGCGUGAGUGGUACUCCCAGCGUUACAGCCUCCGUCGUGGGGCUACUGGAGCUGGGGGGUCUGCUGGAGUUGGGGCUGGUGGCCCUGCGGGUGCAGUGUUGCAGCCGGAGCCUCCCUCCCCUCAGCGGCUACGUGAGUGGUACGCUCGGCGCUGCAGCCUCCGGAGUGGAGCUCCUGGUGUUGAGGUACCGCCAGCUGGAGGCCCUGCUGCUACUGGAGGUCCUGGAGCUGCUGGAGGUGCUGCUGGUGCUGGUGCUGCUGGAGGUGCUGGAGCUGCUGGAGGUGCUGCUGGUGCUGCUGGAGGCUCUGGAGCUGCUGGAGGUACUGCUGGUGCUGGUGCUACUGGAGGUGCUGGAGCUGCUGGAGGUGCUGCUGGUGCUGCUGGAGGUCCUGGAGCUGCUGGAGGUGCAGCUAGUGCUGCUGGAGGUACUGGAGCUGCUGGAGGUGCUGGAGGUGCUGCUGGUGCUGCUGGAGGCUCUGGAGCUGCUGGAGGUGCUGCUGGUGCUGCUGGAGGCUCUGGAGCUGCUGGAGGUGCUGCUGGUGCUGGUUCGGCAGGAGGUUCUGGUGCUGUCUCUGCUGCUUCUGGGGGCACUUCACGGCCGCGGCCGUACUUCGUUCCGCUCCUUCAGCAGGUUCUUGGUCAGUCGCCUCCUCCUAGUCCUCCUCCCUCCUUAGCUUGUCCUCCGCCUGUCCAGUCGCAGUCGCAGCUACCACCUGCCUCGCCACUUCCUGGUCCCUCUCCCUACACUGGUCCCACAGGAGGUCUUACAGAGCAUCGUGAGCCUGAGUCUCGUCCUGUGUCGCCUGUGUCUCGUCCAGUGUCACCUGUUCGUGCUGCUCGCACUGGUCGCCGUGUUCCGCGUGAGCGUCCUCCACCUGUCCCUGGCACACACUAUAUGACUCUGCGUCCUUCCACUGCUCCACAGCGUGUCCCUCUACCGUCUCCUCCUGCGUCCUCUCUUCCUGUUCUUGCUGACCCAGAGUCUGACUCCCUUCGUGCUGCCAGUCCUACUGUCACGCGUCUCCUGGCCACUGUUGUCACUGACCCUUCCUUUGAGACUGCUGCUGCGUCUGCCCUAGUUGCUGAGCUUGUCGACUUUGCUGCUCGCUGUCGUCUAGACUACGCCGCGAGUCUUGUUGCUGAGUCUGAGUCUGUCUGUCCUCCGUCCGUCGGGGGUGAGUGUGCUCCUGGCACGGACGUCCUUGAGGACAGGCAGGAGGAUCUUGAGUGUCUUGCAGCCGCUGCGCCUCAUCUCGUGUCCAUGCUGCUUGCCCCUGAGGGAGACCCGGAUGCUCCAGACAUCCCUACCCCGCGCUCUUACGCUGAGGCGAUCGCGGGUCCCUACUCCUCUCAGUGGCAGACAGCCAUGGAUGCAGAGAUGGCAUCCUGGAAGUCCACUGGCACUUACGUCGACGAGGUCCCCCCUCCUGGGGCGAACAUCGUCAGUGGCAUGUGGAUUUUCAGGGUGAAGCGGCCGCCAGGUUCUCCGCCUGUCUUCAAGGCUCGUUACGUUGCUCGAGGCUUCAGUCAGCGAGAGGGAGUAGACUUCUUUCAGACCUUCUCCCCCACUCCGAAGAUGACCACUCUUCGGGUGCUACUGCACGUAGCUGCUCAGCGUGAAUACGAGCUUCACUCUCUUGACUUCAGCACAGCUUUCUUGCAGGGCAGUCUGCACGAGGAGAUCUGGCUGCGCCGCCCUCCUGGCUUCACUGAGUCGUUUCCUCCUGGUACCCAGUAG